AUGGACGGUAGGGCUGUGGAGCUGGCUGUUGUGGUGGCUGUUGGAGGACUGCAGCAUGCAAGCUGUUUGCUGAAGCUUGUUUUCUGCCUGGAUGCUGCGGUAGAAUUGCUGAAUUGUGUUGAUGGUGGGAAAUGGCUGGCAAGUUGCAAUUGGGUUCCUAAGACCAACUGUUGCGCGCACUGGGGAGGUGUAAGCUGUGAUCCUGUCACCGGAAGGGUAGAUACACUCUACGUAUAUAACCCUGUAGGUAUACUCUCCCCUUACAUUGGUAAUCUUACGUACCUUAAAGUUCUUGGAAUUUAUAAUGAUGAGGGAGAUAAUGAUGCGGGAGAUGAAGGGUUAUCUGGUUCCAUACCUCCUGAACUAGGAAACCUCUCUAAUUUAACUUAUCUUAAUCUUUACGACAAUAGCCUUGAAGGUCCGUUACCCUCUUCAUUAGGUAACCUCCAUAAGCUACAACAUCUCAUCCUUCGCAAUAACUACCUCUCCGGUGUCAUACCCUGUAAUAUCUUUAGAUCAUUCAAGUCACUUUUAACUCUAGAUCUGCAGUAUAAUAGAUUCAUUGGCCCAUUACCUUCUUCCAUUGCAAAUCUGGUCUCACUUACCGACCUUGAUCUUACCGGAAACUAUUUCUCCGGUGAAAUUCCAGUUGGUAUUGGCAAGCUCAAGAACCUUACAAGAUUAAAUUUGCUCUAUAAUCAGUUUAACGGAAGCAUACCUAAAUCCAUCUUUCAACUUCCGAGGGUGGAAUUUGUAGAUCUUUCCUAUAACAAUCUCAAUGCUCCUCUACCAGAGUUUGUGGUAAGUAAUGUCUCUAGCAUGCAAGAAUUACACCUUACAUAUAAUGAUAUCAUUGGAGUUAUACCUGAUUCUAUAGGCCAACUUUCCAAGUUGAAACUUUUAUAACAAACUUAGUGGCCCUAUUCCUUGUUCCAUAGGUGGACUCAAAAAUGUGGAUAAC